CGCGCGGGGCAUGCUGGGAACCCCGGGGGGGGCGGGGCCUCGCGGCCCUGCAGCCUCGUCAGGCUCAGUCCCCUCCCGAUAAACCCCUAAAUAGGGACUUUCCCGGGGAGUGACCCUGGCUUUUUUGGCGAAAACCCCCAGUUUAAGGAGGUCUUCCCCCUGGCUUCACGUUGUGGAGUCGAAAGGAACCUUGAAGCGGAGAAUGAGGGAGCUCGUGACGUGGACCCGAGGAAAAAACAUGACAACCAGGAUUUAAUAGAAUUCAGCUUUUUCAGGCGUUGAAGGGAAAGCGAUUUGAACGGGGUUUUAAUGAAAAACCCGAUCGCUUCGGCUUUUUUUCCCCACCUCUCAGGUCGCGUCACGUGAUGGUCCUACUUUAUUUUUAAAAAUUAAAUGGCGCAUAUUCCCCAGCAUCCUAAAUCUAGUGCAAUCUAGUGCAACCUAGUGGCAAGUGGAGAAAAAAUAACUACCAACCGGGCUUCCUACGAGGUCUCUUGGGGUUCUCGCAAAGUUGUGACCCAGCCGGCAAAAACAAAGUGUGCAAAGACUCAGCUGGACAUUGCCACUAAGAAUCAAGAGAUUUUUGGGGACUUGAGCAAGAAAACGUUCUUUUUAAAUGCCCUGCUCCAGAGCUUGCUACAAAUGAUACAACGUUUCGUGACAGGUGUUUCUUACUGCUAAUUAAAUCUUCACUGUGGGCUGGGCGCAGUGGCUAACGCUUGCCUGUAAUCUCAACACUUUGGGAAGCUACGGAGGAUUUCUUGAGCCUACAAAUUUGAGACCAGACUGGGAAACAGUGAAACUCUGUCCCUAUUUAAAAAACUACUCGUAUCGUUUUUAUCCCUGGAUGGCUGGCUUGAGUGCAGAUGUUUGGAGACCUUUUAAAGACACCAUGCCACAAGAAGACUGAUCUCUUCUGCUGUUUUCACCAUGGAGGACUCUGGAAAGACUUUUAGCUCUGAGGAAGAAGCAGCCAACUAUUGGAAAGAUCUGGCAAUGACCUACAAACAGAGGGCAGAAAAUACACAAGAGGAGCUCCGAGAAUUCCAGGAGGGAAGCCGAGAAUAUGAAGCUGAAUUGGAGACGCAGCUGCAACAAAUUGAAACCAGGAACAGAGACCUCCUGUCAGAAAAUAACCGCCUUCGAAUGGAGCUGGAAAGCAUCAAGGAGAAGUUUGAAGUGCAGCACUCUGAAGGCUACCGGCAGAUCUCAGCCUUGGAGGAUGACCUCGCACAGACCAAAGCCAUUAAAGACCAAUUGCAGAAAUACAUCAGAGAGCUGGAGCAAGCAAAUGACGACCUGGAAAGAGCCAAGCGAGCCACAAUCAUGUCUCUCGAAGACUUUGAGCAGCGCUUAAAUCAGGCCAUCGAAAGAAAUGCCUUCCUGGAAAGUGAACUUGAUGAGAAAGAGAAUCUCCUAGAGUCUGUUCAGAGACUGAAAGACGAAGCCAGAGAUUUGAGGCAGGAACUGGCCGUGCAGCAGAAGCAGGAGAAACCCAGGACCCCCAUGCCCAGCUCAGUGGAAGCUGAGAGGACAGACAUAGCUGUGCAGGCCACAGGCUCCUUGCCGUCCACGCCUAUCACCCAUCGAGGACCCAGCUCGAGUUUAAACACACCCGGGAGCUUCAGACGUGGCCUGGACGACUCCACAGGGGGGACGCCCCUCACGCCUGCGGCCCGGAUCUCAGCCCUCAACAUUGUGGGAGAUCUACUGCGGAAAGUUGGGGCAUUGGAGUCCAAACUCGCUUCCUGCCGGAACCUCGUGUAUGAUCAGUCCCCAAACCGAACAGGUGGCCCAGCCUCUGGGCGGAGCAGCAAGAACAGAGAUGGCAGCGACAGAUGGCCAGGCAGCACCAGCGUGCCUUUGGGUGAUAAAGGGUUGGGGAAGCGCCUGGAAUUUGGGAAGCCGCCUUCACACAUGUCUUCGCCGCCGCUGCCAUCAGCCCAGGGGGUAGUCAAGAUGUUGCUUUAGGAAAACCACGGAAGCUGAAGCUCUUGGUGUCGGUGCAGGAGUCGUUACUGUUCGUCGUCUUUUUACACUAGGUUUUUGUUUUCUUGUUGGACACGAGUUGCCGCUGGUUGUCCAAAUCAACGACCAGGUCAUCCAGCUCCUGCUGAAGCCUGUUCUUGGUCUUUUCCAGUUUAUCAUAAGCGGCCGCCUUCUCCUCGUACUGCUGGGUGAGGUUCUCGAUCUCCUUCUGGAACCUCUUCUUCCCCUCUUCCAGCGCUUCCACGGUGCUGGCAAAGUCCUGCAGCUUCUUCUUCGAGUCAGAGAGCUACGAGGGCAGCGUCCGGGGUAGGGUGAGAGGGGCUGUGAAUGAUCCCCGUCCCUGCCCCCUACAGACUCUGUGAAGUGAAGACCAUGUCUGCUUGCUGGGGAAACCCAGUUGUCCAACUGCAGGGGACGCUGCGGAUCAAGCACCAUGGCACCAGUGCCCCACUGCGAUCUGCCUUAGGGGCUCUCGGCACAGAAAAGCUGAGGGGACCCGUGACGGAAGCGAGGACACAGGGCAGGCACCUGGAUGUUGAGAGUGGAGAUGUGGCGCUCCAGGUUCUGCUUGGCCUCCAUCUCCUCGUCCAGCUGGUCUUGCAGGCUGUUCCUCUCCUCCUCCAGCUGGCGCAGCUUGGUGGACACGUUGAGCUUCUGCCGAGUUUCUUCUUGAAGCAGCUCCUGCAAAGGGGACACACGAAGGUCCAGGGACCUGCCCUGAGGAAGGCCACCCUCCAGGUUCCCGGGAUGAUGUGGCAGGACACUCACCUGGGUGUCCUGGAGCUGGGACCCGAGGGAUGCCACGUCCUUGGCCAGCUUAAUGGCCUUCCCCUCGGCCUCGUUAAGCAUCCCUGUGACGCUCUCGACUUCAAUCUGAGGGUGCCGGGAGACGGGUUAGUCAAAGCCUCUAGAAUGGGAUCCUCGCUAAAUAAGAGGAGCUCUUUUUACUCAAAACAUAUGGUGUACCCUCAUGGGCUAGGACUUGGGUGUCCACUGAUUGAGAAAAUACCCACGAGGUAUGGGACUCUGAUGUUAAAAAACAAAAACAGAGAAAUCUCUGUGGCAAGAAAGAAACUCCAUCACCUACGAGUUGUGACACUGGCUCCAGACUCUGUCAUUCCAAGAACUUAUUUGAGCCCCAAUUGUAUUGACUGGGCCCUGAUCCCACUAAAUGGACCCUGGAUCCCUGCCAAGGUUGGUAGAAACAAAGCAGUAGGUGUGAGAGUCUAGAUGAGGUGCUCUGUCCGGUCCACUCUAAGGUUGGAGAGGGGAGACCAGGAUGGUACUUGAACAUCCAAGGGAUGCUGUCCUGUCCCCUCCUUCCUCACUCCUACUUUUUGUCUCUUCACUGAUCCUGAUGGCCAAAGUCAGAGACGAGGUGCAGACCCUAUAGAUCAAAAUGCCCUCUGCAUUCUCUGGCUUUUUUACUGCCUGGUGUCUUUGCACAAGUCCCUUGGAAGGUAUUAGCCUCCCCUCCAUCUCCUCCAUGGACAAGGAGGAUAUGAGUGAUCUUCAUGCUACGCUUACAGGACACUGCUUAUAGGAGGGCAGCAAAACCCCUUCUCUCAACCGCAUGUGGAAAAAACAGCUCACUGAAUGCUUCCCCUGCCCCUUGGUCCCAGGCUGUGAACAUGUUAAAUAUUCAGGAACACUCUGGCCACAUCCCAUGAAUGGAAAGUCAGGGCAAAUGUCUAUUCCAGCAAAAGACGACAGACAGACCAUGUCAUUCGUCAGCUUCAAACCCCUCAACUGCUUGGCAAUCGCCCAGAUUAAGGACCAACAUAUGUGUAAGAGGUUCUCAAAAGGCCUGCAUCAUCUGGGUACCACCUCCCCCUCCAGUCCCACUCUGUACUGUCCCCCACCCGAAACUCCAACCCCACCUGGCCGCUCCAGAUCUACUAGCUGUAUGUCUCCUCAUUUUUCUACUUACCACAGGCCUUUGCACAUGUUCUUCCUGCCGCCUGGUAGACUUACCCAUGUUCCUUAAGGAAGCCUUUUGUGGCUCCUCCUCCCCCAGGUUGGGCCUCCUGGUUAUUUACACUUAGACAUCAUGUGCCUUCCCUUUGCUGUAUCAUUUGACAUUCAUUUGUGUGAUUAUUCAUGUCUUUCCCUUCCCUUCCCCCUAUUAGGCUGGAGUCCUACUGGGGCAGGGACAGUGCCUCUCCUUCCUUGCUGUUGUAUCUCAGGAUUAAGCACAGUGCCUGUCAUACAGCAGGUGCUCAAUAAAUACUUGUCAAAAUGG